AUGGCGGCAGUUGGUAUCGAAACUGCGCCAGGUUUACAACAACUUUUCAAAGACAUUUCUCCAAAAUUUAAACCUGUAGAGUCAGAAAGUAUUGUGAAAACUUUAAAAAAGAAUUAUGGAGGGAAAUUUGAUCUGCUGGAUAGUCACGAUCUGAUGAAAUGUUUUCAACUUCUUGAAAAGCAUGGCUAUGUAUCUGACAACAAACUCAACCUAAUCGAAGACUUCGUUGCCACAAAAUCUGACGAGGAGAAGCUCAUUAAGAAAGAUAUAGAUCGUUUCAAGGACUGUCUUUUGGGUAAAGGUGAUCCAGAAAAGGAGUUACAAGGACGGAGUGAAGAAAUCAAGAAAAUUAACAAAAAACUGGAAUCGAAAGAUACCGUAGUACUAAACUUGUUUGGGUCGUCUGGUGUAGGAAAGACAAAGCUUGCCACCGAAGUUUGCUCACAGUGGCGAGGGACUUAUCGUGUUUUUGAUUUACGAGAAGCAAAGAAUUUGACAGCGAUCUAUUACAAAAUGCUGCAUUCUCUCGAACUAGUAGUACCAGUUGGUCAUGUUGAUCAAAAUUAUGUUGUUACCAAAGUUCUAGAGAAGGUUGAAGAGUUUAAAGAUACAUGUAAGGAACAUGCCGUUCUGUUUAUGCUGGACAAUGCAGACCACUUUACCGCAGGAAAAGGUAAAGAAGGAAAAAACUUGAAAACGGCUUUCAUGGAAUUUUUAGCAAAGCUCUCAGAGAAAAGAAGCAAAGAAGAGCGAUCUCCUUUAAAGCUGCUGCUCACCUCUAAGACCGAGUUAAGAGGUUUCAAAAGGAUGGAUGACUUUGAAGUGAGAUCUUUAGAGAGGACUUAUUCAGAGAAACUAAUUUUUCCAAAGGGAAUAACUGAUGUUAAACCACAGCAGAAGGAUAACUUAAUGAGUAUCACUAAAGGAUUCCCUCUAUUUCUAAAAGGACUAGGAGCUAUUUUACGACAAGAACGAAAAUCUCCAGAAGAACUUAUUGCAGAAGUUGUGCAUGCUCUAAAAAAAUUGAAAUUGGAGCAGGAUGCUGAAGGAAAGCUUGCUGGUUUUGAAGAAGAAGGAGUGGAUGUCAAUCAGAUGUUAGCAGUCAGUUUAAUGUUUGAGACACUUUCCACAGAAAGGUUAAAGUUAUCCGCAGUAGUGGUUUCCUUGUUUCAUGGGCCUUUCUCUGUGGCAACAGCUGCCAAAGUUCUUGAUAUUGACCCUUCAGAGGCCAUUGUUCAGUUAGAGGGUCUUGUAGCCAGCGAAAUAAUUUCUGUUGUCAAUGAAGAAGCAAAAGAAAGGAAGUAUGACAUUCAUCCUCUCUUACGGAAGUAUGCAGACAGUAUCAAGAAUAAUGAAGAUUUUCUUGCUCCUUACCUGGAGGCAAAAGCACGCUUCUAUAAAUUCUUCAUGUCCAGGAUGAAGAAAAUUGCAGAACUCAUUGAGCCAAAUUAUGUCAAUGCAUUCAAUUUGUUUGAGACAGACAGAGGAAACUAUGAGUUCACAGUUGAGAUCUCCUUACAACCAGAGUAUUUCAUUGUUCCAGGUGAAUUCCAUGAGAAUGCUUUAAUUGCAUCUCUUUUCAUUGCAAUGCUGACUGAUAAUCAACUUAUCAAGGUGUUUCAUUCCUGGGCUGAGAUGUGUGAAGAUGAUGGAAAAACAGGUGAGAGGCACUUAAAUUUUUCAUGUUACAUCAAAAUUGUUCAAAACUCAUAUUUAGUCAGUUACCUUUGUCUGAGCAGGCAUUUAAGAUCUUUCUCUGAAGUAGCUUACAUGUAGUUUAAACUCAUUAGAAGAGUUAGUUUAUUAUAUGGCAAGAUAGUCCUGAGGUAAAUUUGAGCAUUCUGAUUGCAUCUUAAUUGGUCAGGAUUUUGCCAUAUGGAUCAUUUUUACAGUUACAGUUAUGAGCCAUGUCUUUUUGAUUGCAAAGGCAUCAAAUUCAAAAUAAAAAAUUUUGGUUCAAGUUCUCUAUAAUAAACUUCUUACUGACCUUGCUUGCUUGAGCCAUACUGGUGGACAUUGGUCCCUGUCAUUUUGGUAUGGAAGGAGCUGUGCUCAGUCUGUAGUGCCAAUGCUGGCCAAUAUAUCCCACUAUGGCCCUUACGCUCAGUUAGUAUGAAGUUAUUAUCUCUUUUGUAACUUGAGAGAGUACAAGUGUUAUCCUUUCCUGGGCAUCCCUGUUAUAUAGACACCUUCCCAUAUACAAUUAUUUGCUUUUGUCUGAAUCCCAUCAUCAGCACUCCUGUCCAUCAUUAAAUCCCACUCUCUUAAGUUUAGACAUAGCAUUUAGUUUGUUAGAUAUUAACCUCUUGGCUUUUCUGCCAUCCAUGGCAGUUGAUAUAAUGAGAUUAAUGGCCAUUUAAACUGUUAUUGCAGUUUGGUGAUUGGAACAGUGGAAGAGGCUUACAUGCAUGUAAUUACAAUUUGACAGAGCCACUUUUGGAUUACUUACUGUGCACAAACAUGCCACCAGACUUGACCUAUCUGGAACAACCAACUCAAAUUUGGUGCUUAAUGCUACCAGUCAAUGAAAUUUGAGUGUCUACCUUACUUAUAACUUGCCAAUCAAACCUAAGGAAAAUCUUUAGUGAGCAGGUUCUGUUUUUAAAUUAGCCUAUUGGACCACUGAUGAGCUUAAGGCUGAUAAAUUGAAAAAGGUGGCUCUGUCAUUGCAUCUGUCAAUAUUUCAUGUCUCUGAGUUUUUUGGUACAUGUACUUUGCUGUUGAUACAGUCAAUUAGAAUUUUUUGAUGUGUAGUGCAGGGGCAAUCUUGCCAAUAAUUUUUAAGCCAGCCCUGCACUGUGCAAUCAGCCAAGCUGAAAUUGUUGACCCACUUUCUCCCUGAAGUCCUAUUACCAUCACUUAUUUGAUUCCACAGGUAAACUGGAGAGAAAUUACUCAGGAGGGACUUUUAAAAAAAAUAAUAAAAAAGAAAAACAAACAAACAAACUUGCAAAAACUUAAAACAUGAACUCUUUAAAUCACUAUUUGGUGAACUGUUAUUGAAAACACAAAACGAUAUGACUUGUGAUAAUUUACACUUUGUUAUUUGUAGAUACUAAGUACAUUUCAUCAGCAGUGAUAUUUGUUUAUAAGUUUUGAUUCUCCAUCUUCGUAUAGGUUCCCUUUGCCGAGCGCAGUUGAAGUCCUGGGAAGCCAGGCAAGUUUCAGAUAUUGAUGGAACAGAGAAAGGAUUUGAAACAUUGAGGGAAGCCCUGAAUUCAUUGGAGAAAGUUGAAGAUCAAACUGGAAAAUCCUUUAUGCUCACCAAGGGGCUUUACUUGCACACUGAAGGUGAAAUUCUUUGGAGAAACAGAGACUAUAAAAAGGCACUGGCAAGUCUGGAGUUGUCCUUAACUUUCUCUGAACCACUGCUUGAGGAGCAUACUGAUCUUGCAAGGUGCUACAAUGCUAUUGGAAACAGCUUUUUUGCUCUCGACCAGCCUAGAAAAGCACUUGAGUUCUAUGAAAAAGCCUACAAGAUGCAAGAGAAAUUAGCAUCUGAGAACCACUUUGACAUGCCAAUGUACAAGAAUCAGAUUGGAACUGCAUAUGAAGGCCUUGAAGAUUAUGAAAAGGCAGUUCAAUGCUACAGAGGUGCACUCAGUCUCCUGGAGGACCUUAAACUUUCAGGUUACUGGGAUGAGGCACACUUCUUAAGAAAUCUUGCUAAUGCACUCAUGUUUCAAGAGAAAUAUAAAGAGGCAAUUGAACCUUCAGAGAGGGCUUACAACAUAAGGAUGAAGCUUCUCGGAAAUCACCCACAGACUGUGCGCAGCAUUUUUCAACGAGGGGUCCUCCAGGCAAAUCUUGAACAUCCAAAAGAAGCUUUGAAGCUGUUUCUUGAAGCGUGGGAGAUGGAAAAGUCACUUGGUGUAGGAAACCAUAGUGAAGUGUGGCGAAAGAUUAUUACAGGUGUGGAAGAUAUGUGUGAUUGGACAAACAAUAGAAAACGGAAGAGGUCAUUUAGAAAAGAGGCUUUCAAGUUUUGUCAACGUUUCUGGGAAGAACAAAAAGCUUCUCAACAAUUCACUUUCAAUACAUUUAACAAAGGCAUCGUUGAUGCUCUGAAUGACCUCGCUGAUGACAAGAAAGACAAAGCUGUAGUGCAAAAGGAACAGUUUUGGUUCUACGAGGCGAGGUGCAAUGCCAACGAGAAAGAGUUUCAAGAGAAGUUUUAUUCGGAAACUGAUAAUGAUGCUCUCUGUGACAUGCUGAGUGAGAGGGAAAAUCUCUUGGACGAGAUAGUGGAGUUCUCUUCUCAGCUUGAUGAACACGAGAAGGAGAGGAAACACAAACUGGACAAGGUGGCUUUGUACAAAAUGUGUCUGGUGAGAGUGGGUUUCCUUGGAAACAAAGAGGACGGGUCGGACAAAGCGUCAUUGAAAAUGAAGGUAGAAGAACUUUACAAAGAGACAGGGCAAGAAGGAAUGAUCCAGAAAUUUCGAGAGACAUUGUUGGAUUCGUGGCAAAAGCAGUGGGAAGAAGGAAAAAGUAACGAAGAAACGGAGAAGAUCGGCUUGGAGAGGGAGAGAACAAUCGAGGGAAUUCUCAGUUUGUGCCGGGAGCUCAAAAAAGUAAACAUGUACAGGCGGUAUGGACAAGAAGCAUUGAGCUUUUAUGAGGAAAUAUGGGAGAUAAAACAUGCUGAGAUGAAGGACCGUAAAAUGAAGAAGUUUCUUCGUAAACUCAUAGAGUUGGCAUCGUCCAUUGAAGAUUACACGAGCGAGAAAUUUUACAAAAAUGCAUUACAGGUAAGAUCAAGCUUAUUUAUCAACAAAAGUAAACGUCGACCAUGUCUUUUAUGCAAGCAGCUUUUUGUAUCAGCUGUUUUCUCUUCACUUUGCCCACUCUUUUACUUCCAAGAUUUCAUCAGUGAUUCUCCUUACUUUCUACCAAACAAUUCUUAUGAUGUUAUUUCGGAUAAUUUGGUUUUGGAUCAACUUAUAAUUUACUUUUGGAUAUUUUCUUUGAUCUCACCACUUGUCUGCUUGAUAUUGUACUGAUAUUGUAAGGAGAACUUCUGUCUUGGUCACUCAUGGGAGCUAAAGGGUUAAUCCCAUCAUUUGAUGUAUGUUUUUGUUCUGUUUUGCUCUGUUUUCUACUCUGAUUUGGUCUAGUUACCACUAGCGACAAAUCCUCAUUGUUGGACACUGAUAAUGCCAACAGAUAAGCUUGUACAUUUUAUCGGGAUAUAUUAGUAAACAUAGACUUUUUAUGAUUCAUGAUUUAUCGCGGCAAACAGAUCCACGAAUUCUCCUAAAAGUUCAGAUACAUGUAUUUUCUAAGUUUCUCUCUUCAACUAUUGUGUUUUGUUUCCAGGCGCUGAAUGAAACUGGGAAACAUCCAGGAGCCAAAUUAAGGCCAAGAGGUACUAAAAUUGUAUAGAGCUCGAACAUCUGAGAGAAAAAUCUUAUGACGGUCCGUGCUGUCCAAGAGCUAGACUUUCUUCUUGUACAGAUGCCUGGUUUUUUAGUUUCCAUGGCUUAUAGUAUCUUGCCUUCUCUUGACCUUCCUUUCUUCUCUUAUAGCCGCACAGACUUUUCCUACACCGAAGGAAGAGGAGAGGAGUAGUGAAGAAGAAGAAGAAUUGGAAAUCGAAAUUGGUUCAGAAGAAGAGAGUGAGGUUGGAGCUGAGGAGCAAGUAGACACAGAUGAAGAUGUUCAAACUGAGGACAGAACCAUCAUCUUCGAGUAAAUAACAAAAUUACGUUCUUCGAAUACUUAUACAUAUGAUCGUGAAGAAGUGCUCUCUGAUUGGUCGAGAAUUCUCCGUAUUUUGCUACAAUGAACCUGCCAGAAAUGAUUAUAAUAGCGAAUAACUGAAUUGGAAAUAGCCACUGUGUAUCUUUUUACUAUGUUUCUGGGGAAGAAAACAAAAGAAAAAAUUCAGUUCCUCUGAUACUUACUCUAGAAACUUGACUUUAAGAAUCACAUUCCUUAGGUUUCGCGAGUAGUCUAAGUUGUCGGGCAGUCGUCCGAAACUUAACAACAAGGCAGACUCGUGUAUGAUUUUAUUCUAUUUUGUUCCUAACCGAAAAAUGUUAAGCAUCUUACUUACUUUUCUCAUUGUCUAUCAAGGAAGAAAUAGCGAGUAGCGUAGCCAUUCAGAUUGCAGCAUUUGUGAUAGAACAAAUGUAGAUUUAUGCUAAUAUCGAAGAAUUCGGCAUUUCCCGUCACCCUUUACGAAGAGUUGUUCUACGAUUGAUCGUCAGUUCAAUUUUGAUUAUCUGAAGUCAUUCUUAAUUCUCCCACUGUAUGAUAAAAAGUGUUGUUGUUUUUUUUUUGUUAACGAAAGUCUGAUCAUCUAUUCUAUCAAGAUGGUGUUAAAAAAUCUCAGUCACAAGAUUACCUCAAAUUACUUAUUUACUAUCUUGCAUCUCACAGAGACACUGUAACAGUACAAGGUGGCCACUGGGACGCGAGGAAGGCAGUAACUCACUUGGUAUUUCCACCUGGUUUUGUUGCUAAAGACGCUGCGCUGACUCUUUUCAGAUGGAAACCCUCCCAGCGUUCACCUCCUCUUCAGCCAAAUGAAGCCGUGGUUAGCAAUGUUCUUGAACUAUCGGCAGAAGGCGCUGAAGGUCUUCAAUUCAAAAAACAAGUCACUGUGGGAAUUUCGCACAGCGGACCGGACCUUAGAGGAUAUGAAGUGGUGAUAAAGAACUUGACAGACGCAGAAAGAAAUGAAUGGGAAGAGGCUGAAGAAACAGUCGACUUUCGAUCUGUAUCAGGUAGAGGCUGGCUUUUAUCGUCAAUUUAUGACACAUUAGGUCUCAUUUGAAAAUGUCUGCUUGUUGAUUUCUUAACUUGUCUUUUCCAAGGAAUUAUAGUUCAUGUUUUAAUGCUUCUGCAAUACCAAAAAGCCCCUUCACUCAAACAGUAUGAAAUUGGCUCUUUGAAAAUAGUCCGUAUGGCGUUAAAAUGAACAACGAUACCCUACCAAGGCUUUUCCUUUGUUUGUUUGUUUUUUUCGCUUUCGUGUUGUUGUGUUUAGUGUUUUUUUACUUGAAUUUGAUAUGGACACGAUCCGCCUAAUAGAUAACUUGCGCAACAAACAUUUCUUAGUUUGAUGACUUAUCAUUCUAACAUUACUUACACAGUACAAAGCUUCUAAGAAUAACACCAUAACAUAGAUACUAGAGAAAAGGAUGAGAAGAUGAGGAAGUUUCAAGGCAUUAUCAAGUGCAGUGACCCUCAUUUAAACUGGUAACUUGUUCUGAAUUUUCAUCCUUGGCUUAUUUUCAGAUCUGCAGAUGGCUUAUCGCGAUGAUUUUCCUGAUUAUUGCCUUCCUGUUGCUGAGACUAAAAUUACCCAGUGUUCCACAUUUGCAGUGGUUUGCCGUCUCAAGGCCCACAAGUUCACCAUAACCUCGCAACCGUCCACCCUUUCAUUACCAGGCUUCCCAUUGGUCAAAGUGCACUUUCCCUCAAACGCAGUCUCCGCCGCAGAAGAAUUGCACGUGACUGUCACAGUAAGUAUCUGAUUACGCUAAACAAUUACGGCUAGUUACAUGGUUCUUUGAGUUAAGCAAAAUAUAUUUUGUUAGUUAGUUUUCUUUUUCCAGUCAUUAAAUUUGUUAAGCACAAAAUUGUUGUUCUUUUUUGUUAGUCUGUCGCUAUAUAUAAACAAUAGCCUUCAUUUGGCGCCAAAGAUGCGACCAAGGGCGAAGUCCGAGGAAAAUGUGAGAAAAACUGUGGGCUUAGAGCUUCUUUUACCACCCAACGCGCGGCAACUCGAAGUCUUUUUAUUUCGUAUGAAAAGAAAAAAAAAUGCGCGUACCGAGAGUAUGUAAAUGAUUAUACGCACGUUAUGAACAUUUCAAAUAUUAGUUCUGAAGAGGGGCUAACGCUCGAAACGUUAGCUCAAGAUCUCUUUAUAGUGGGAAAUUUACAUCAGCAACUCAAUUGAUAAAAACAAAUUAUCCUGUUUUAGAAAUGGAUUUUACGCUGGCCACAAUUUAUUGUUGGCUCGCUUUCUCGCCCAACUGACUGAAUUUUGUUUCUCCAUCGCCUCUAGAUACAAGAAUUUCGCAGCAGAGAGUUAAGAAACAAGGAGGUGUUGGCCGGCCCGAUACUCAGUAUUCUGUGCAAUAAGGAGGUGGAGUUCCAGGAACCAGUCACUGUACAGCUGCCGUUAUCCUUGAGAGACACGGAACAGGCUGCUGAAUCAUUGGGUAUUCCUGAUGUGUCGUUCGUCCGUGCCCGAGUCUUGUUGCAACCAUCUGAUGGAACAGAACGAGAAUGGACCGAAAUUACAGAUGUUCUUGAUUUCCCCCCUUGGUUAGAGGGAACUGUCAUCAAAUUCAACGUGAAGCACUUCUCCAGGUAUGCCAAAGUAACCUUCUGCUUUCAAAUUGUAAGAUGUUUAAUGAGCGCUUUAAGUCUCAAGGGGAGCAAUAUCUGAAAAAUCUUAAUUCGGAACAAAAAGAACUCAAAGCGAAAAAAAGCGUAGGGAAUCAAGGUAGAUCGGGUUGAAAUUAGGACGACAAUAUCAGGGAACAUACAACUGAUGCUUAUUUAGAGCGUGAAUUAUUUUCUCGCGAUACGCCUGUAUCCUAAUCUUAUUUGAUUUACUUGUUAGUAGAUCAAAGGCAUCUCUCGAAACAAAAUCAGAUUUCAAACAUCAUCUUACCUGUGAAAAUUCGCCUCACUCGUCAAUCGACAUCUUGUUCGCGCACCGUCUACAGGUGAUUCACCUCUUGCGCUUUGUAAAAACACGAGCUCUGCUUUUGCUUCUGUUGUAUUUUGCUUGAUUUUGUUAUUGGUAAUAUUAUUAUUAUUAUUAUUAUUAUUAUCAAUAUCGUUAUAUAUUUUUUGAAAGGCAAGGGGAUUAUUUUGUGUUUUAAGCUCAAGUUAGUUGCAGGAGGGAGGUAAUUCUGGUGUGGCUUUUGUUUCGUUGCAGACUUUGGGGCUGGAUAGAUUGGUGCGUUAAACCAGUUGUGUCACCAAUAAUCGAAUACGCGCGUAGCUUAAACACAGAAGAUGUGCCCCAAGUGGCAGUUUUUACAGCUUGUCUUCCAGCAAAUACAAGCUUAGGUUCUACAAAACAGUUGCGUGUGAUAUGCAGUUCAAGUAACGCGACACGGAAGCACAUCAGACAUGAGGAGGAAUUCUUGUUAGAGGAAGAAAAUGCGUGGGAUAACAUGGUACCUCGCCAAAGGGCUUAUGUGUUUUUUUCAGGGAGCGUGGUUCAGCCGGCCGAGGUCGCGGAUUUGGAGGACUUUUAUGUCAGGUAACACUUGCGAUUUGGCAUAGCAACAUCGAUUCCCGAAUCAUGACGGUCGUGUAACGACGGUUACGACUUAAGCUAUUGCACAGCUUUUAGCCGUUAUUUGUGAAUUACUGCUCAAAAUGACCGACAAUUUCAUGGCCCACCUACUUAAGUGAACUUCAUCCUAACAAAAACUUAGGAAAAUAAUAAUAAUUCUAAGAGACGAUUAUCCCUAAAUCUUCCUUAUACGUCAAGACUUUAUUCACCAUGUCUUGCAGAUUUGAAAAAGAUGAUUCCAUAAUAAGAAAGUUGAGGGUACAUGUUGUCGACAAAGGAUGGCUAAAAAUUGAGUUCUUCAACAGCAGAGAAAAGAAGCCAGAAAAUAAACUGUGCAAACUAGAAAUGGACCUUCCCCCUCGAAAAAGAGACAAUGAGGUAAAGGUAUCAUUAGGUGAAAAGCAGCAUUUCAAAGACUUAGUUUUGACCCGAUGGGUGGGCAGACAGGUGGCGAGAAUGCUAAAACGCAGACUGCAGACCGUACAGACCGUGCAGACUGGAGAAUGAAUAGUUAUUUACCUAAAUUAACCCUUCAAUCCGGUAUACCUAUGAUUAUAUCAUUUUUUUUAUUUAUCAUUUUCUCCAAAAAGGCGGAGGAUUUUGGGGUAAUCACAUCAUUUUCAAGGGGGAACGGAAGGGAGAUCAGUAGUCCUCAACAGAGUGUAAAGGGGACUAUAUAAAGAAAAUUGAAUUUAAGUUUACUGCCAAUCAAUAAAUUUUGUAUCGCGAAACUGCCAAAAACUGUGUACACCCCCCCUCCCCCCACUCCCCGUGAUAAAUUAUGACUGGUCCAGUAAAAGUACAAAUGCAUUUGGAGUAUAAAAAUUAUUUCCUUCGCGCACUGUUGGCGUUUCCGUGCCAGGUAAAGGCGGUUUACUGGAUAAUUACACCCAAUUUUUCUCGCAGAAGACUCCCGUGGAGUUUUUUGGAGUUCCUUUGGAUGACAACAGUAUCCUUCACGAUGCUCCGUUUCCGGAAAUCCUCGCAGAAUGUCGAGGAGUGUUGGAAGAAAUGAACAAGGGGAGUAUAUGGCGAAGUCAUGUUGAUAGGAACGUCGACGGACAAAAUCGAUGUUGUUUUUACAAAGCUCUGGCGAGCCUACCACCAGAUGACCAACAAAAAUGCUUUGAGAAGAUCGUUGAGUGUUUGCAAAAAAGUGAGGGAACCAAACACAUCGCAGAUCACCUCUUAAAAGGUAGAUUCAGUUUCGUGAGGUACCCACCACUUCCACGUUUCUCAUAACAACAUCAGUUCGCUCUUUCCGUACCUUCUAACAUGUUACACUCUUGCAAUUUUCAGUUACUUCGCAGAAAUGCCUUUGGCCUCUUACUGGGGAUACUGGAGAUGGGUACUUUUGAUUUACAAUCAGACUAUACGACAUAAAGUCAAAAGUUUUUGUUUGUUGCGAAAUUUCAAAAUAAUGACUAAACGGUGAGACCAUUUCAUGCAACAUUAUUUUGGAAGAGCAUGUGCUGUUUGCGAUAAACAUGAUGUUGAACGAAAAUGUGUGAUCUUUUAGCCGAGGUUUGACUGAAACUGUCAACCAGCCCUGUAAAUCGGUCAUAAAAUGGACAGAAUUCCAGGUUUUCCGGGAGAACAGCCGUCGCCAACAGAGUAAAAAAGGGGGACUAUACAAAGUUGAUUGACAAUUACCUGCCAAAUAUUACCAAAUACUGGAGAGCCUUAGAAGGCAUCAGGUGAAUUGUGUCGUGAAACUCGACUAAUUUGUAUUUUUUUUUUCUUCAGCUGAAGCUUUGAUUAAGAAACCGCCCACUGAAGGUGUGCUCGAUGUGAUAGCUGAGAAAUUGAGGACAGGUUCAUUGUGGAAGAAACUCGCAAGUAAAUUGAAGAUUAAGCAAUGUGUUAUUGCCAAUAUUCAAGAGGACGAGGAGGAUGGACAGGAGCGCUGCAGGGAAGCACUAGAAACUUGGCGUCAGGACAAAGGAUCUAGUGCUACAAGUAGAGAGUUAAUGUCGUGCUUAACGAACAUGGGGUAUGGUAAUGUGAACUGGCAUAUAAUGAUCGAACUCGACCUUGUUAACAGAGAUAAUAUACCACCGGAAGAGAGGGAAUGAUCUGUGUUAAAAAAAAAAAAAAAAAACACUACGUUAGUAAAGACCUGGUUAAAUAUGAGUACUCUUUUCUCAUAUCACUGUGUAACAGAAUUUGCCCCAUGAAGGCGUGAUAUCAUUACUGAAUUAAAAGGACAAGAACUUCCUUGAACACCUCAUAGAUGUUGGGUCGCCUGUAAAAUUGGUCCUGGGAAUUAUUGUCAAAAUCCUUCUGUUUUCCACAGAAUUGUUUCUCUGCAACAAGUCCCACUAGUUUAGAAUAAUUUAAAUAAUACAAUAAUCGUAGCCAUAAAAUGAGUUGCCCGAGUCGUAGCCUCUUUUCUAGCGGGCUUCAAGUAAAUAAACAUAGCUUUAUACAA